AUGUUGCUUGAGCAUCCUGGAUCAAGUUGUCAAAAUCCCGUGAAUUUCUCCCGAUACAGUGCAGGUCAAGGUAAGAAGCCGGCUUUCUUGUUUGUUUGGAGUCAUUUGCACUUCUAAUCGAGAUUCUAAAUUAACUUUAUGUGGAAAUGUAGCCAGCAUACCGUCGAGUCUAUUUGAUUCCGUUCAGUCCCCAGUAAUCUGUUAAUGGCUCAUAAUUAGCUAUGAAAUAUCUAGCUAUACAGCAAAUCAGCACAGCGGGGGCUCUGCCUGCAGCUCAAAGUUUUACUGACAGAAUCCAAACAGGCAUGAAAUAGCCCAUUGUAUCUCACAGCACACCCUAUCAUCAUCAGUUAAACUUCUCAAAUAAGAGUUAGACAUAUCACCAUUAUAUGCUGAAAGAAGAGUUACAGUAGGCUAAGUGCUUUCCCUUUCAAGACGGCUUUCAAGUUGUGAAAAGAGAAAAAUUGAUAGGCUACACAUCGAAUGGAUUUCAUCAUAUUGGCGCAUAGCACUUAAAUGUGUGUCCAGUUUAACAAAAUUCACGGGGUAUUCAUACUGUUUCGAGGUGGAACAUUAAAGCUUUUAUUUAUGUUUCCCUGCGUGCGGGAGACGUUAUGAAUACGUAAUGAGCUGCAUUGUUGGAAAUCAUACGAACAGAUGUUAUGCGUGUGCUGUUAUUUCACACAAUUUCUCAUGGCUGUCACGCGAGUCCACGAGACCACCAGAGCGCUUUUGCAGUGUCACACCAACCACCUGUGUACGCAACAAGGCAACAGCCCGGCUGCACACAGGCCGCCCCCGCCCUCCCUAGUCAACAGCCUGUGCAAAAUGCUAAACAAGUGUCAGGUUCCCUUCGACAGGUGCGGCACCUGAGGUCCGUUACAGGAGGAUAUUUGUGCUAAAGUUGGCACAAAAACGCUUGAAAUGGUAGCCCUAUGCGUAAAAAGUUUGCAAACAGAAAAUGUCUGUCUGAAAAGGUCAUUACUUUGUUUAUUUGAAUGCAUGCCCCUUGCAUUGUAAAAUACCCAACACACUGUAAACCAUGUAGCCUAGUAGGCAUGUGGUUUUUGAAUUAUUCCAUUACAUCUAGGCCUAUAGGCUAUUCAUUAUGUGCAGCAGUGUUAUUAAUAUAGCCUACUCAUCCCAGGCACAAAUUAUUUGUUCGAAAAUGUGCAGCAUUUUUGUAUCAAUGUUAGGCCUACUUCAUAUUUGUAAAUUAUGAAUCUAAUAAGGUAGAUCCAUGCCAAAAAAUAAAUUGUGUUGCCUUGCGCAUGGGGGAAAUGAAUAAGGCUUGUAAGUGGGCUAUUCCAUGACCAAAUCAAUAGAUUAGCAAUGGUUUUAGAAAUAAAAGCAAUAAUCAUCUCUUUAUUAAACCAGUAGCCCAUGACUGCCUCUUUCUCACGGAUCACUUUUCUGUUUUGUUGAUCAUAGAGCAUUGCUCACGUUACCCCAUUACUGUCUCCUAGCCCCUCAAAAGGGAGCGAUCAACAGGACAUAAAAAAAAUAGCUGAAAAGUAAGAGGGAGCACUGAAGCAUCCCACACCUUUCACCAAAAUGUAUUUCAUAUACUCAGAAAAUACUGGCAAAUGGGGCAUUGAUUUUAGAUUCAUCAGGGGUCCACGCAGCCAUGGCACUACUCUUGAUUUCCCAAGGCGCCCUUUUGCGCCUGAGAUCAGUGUCGAUAAAAUUCAUCGCGGUGUUGCCUCGAUCAACAUGUUAUUGAGCGGCCAAUCUCUCCCCUAAGUAAACAGUUGUCUUUGUGAAGUCAGCAUAGGCUAUAGUCCUACAAUAUGGUGUGUGUGUGUGUGUGUGUGUGUGUCAGUCAUUCGCACGCCAGGUUUAUAUGUUCUCGUUACGUGAUGGAAAUUGUAGAUUUGGCUUUAUUACGAAUCUACCGUGACCCCAAUACAACGUCAAGUUUGGGAGAUGUUCUCUUUUGCUUUUGAGUUAAUAAAAUACCAUGAGUGCGAUGGCUGAUAUAAUAUUAGAAACAUCCAAAAUAUCCAGUAUAAAAUAGUACAUGUAAUUAAAUCAUACCAGUCAAAUAUAACAGUAACUUUGGUAAAGGAAUAUUUUUCAUCUGAUGCAGAUGUUUCAAAAGAAAAGUGUUAAUUUCAUCAAGCUAUUAUUAUUAGAUGGGAAUCAUAUUAUGUUCCUAUGUAGGUUAAUGGUUCUUGAGACAUAUGCCUCCUAGUAUUCGAUCUUUUUUAUUUUUUUUCUAAAUAGGGGUCACCUCACAUGUCGUUCUAUUUAUAUGCAUUUUAGAAAAGGGAAAAAAACGAAUUAAACCUAUUUAAAACUAUACUAUACUGUAAUAAGCUACUAGGCCUAUGGUAUGGUGGAAUGUUUUACAAAUAUUAGAGUUGCAUUCUGCCUUGUCAACUGCAAAAUCAAUUGUACAAUAGCUACCUACUUAAAAUUAUGUUUUGAUUAUUAUUAUUUGAAUUUUCGAUAGAAGGCCAUGUGUUGCGUAUCAAUAACAUAAGCUAUCCAUUACAGGCAAAUAUUUGGAAUGUCACUUUAUUUAACUUGCAUGAAUUUUUGAACUCAACAGUUUCAGGACUUAAUUUUAAAAAAGAUGUGUCAGGUUCCAUUUUCGUUUGCGUUUGAUUAUUUGUGUAGCUUGCCCUAUAUUGUGGCCGUGAUUCGAUUCGAAACAGGCCUAGAGAAACGUGCGUAAAGAUGCCUUUGCAAAGUUCAAUUUAAAGCCACUUAGGCUACUUUUCGUGCUGUGAACAUUUAUUUUCAUAAGAUCAUGCAAAAUAUGUUAGUGUAGGAAUGAACCAGCUAAUGGUCAAGUAGGAGCUGCUUGCAAUAAAAUGACAUUUAAUGGCAUAGCCUAUGCAUAAUAAUUAAUAAUAAUUAAUCAUUUAGCAGACGCUCUUAUCCAGAGCGACUUACAGGAGCAAUUAGGGUUAAGUGCCUUGCUCAAGGGCACAUCGACAGAUUUUUCACCUAGUCGGCUCGGAGAUUAGAACCAGCGACCUUUCGGUUAGUGGCACAACGCUCUUAACCACUAAGCUACCUGCCGCCCUCAUCAACUAAACACACAUGGCCGAAACCAUCGUCAAAUGUAAUCUUGUACCAUUAAAUUUGUUUCCCCUUGGAAGAGCACUUGUUACCCGCACCUCUUUCCAAGUUUCUGAUAGUUGAUGAUAAUCUAUCUCCCUACUUUAACAGGCCUGUCGCUAGGGUAACCACGCGACGUAAUCCUGCGCAGCGCACAUCACACUGGGAUACAGCAAACUCAAGCGUAUGCAGGCACACAGUGCGCUGAAUUGUUGUAUUCUCCCCUUGAUAUAGGGCAUAAUAUGCCGAUGUGAGCGAUAGGUGGGCACCAAGAACACAGAACUACAGUCGUUUUUCGUUAUCGUGUGAGGAGAACAUGAGCAAUGGAUGGACAUAAUGAACAGAACUCUCCAAAAGGAGCACCGAAAAACACGGAGAUUCUGUUUGCCUUGCUGGCGCAGAGCGAGGAAUUACGUAAAGGUAUAAAACAGAGCAACGCAUGAUUCCAUUUGUGUUUUAAUCGAAUCUGAUAUUGGUUACGCACAUUACAAUAGUCAGAUAUUUAAUCAGUACUUUGUUGUCGCUGUUUAUACAGGUCAGAAUAAGGGAUGCUGUUUUAUUUCAUUCCAACACCUUCAUGUAUCGCAUGCUGUAUGAAGAACACAAUAUAACUUUCUUCGAAUAGUUUCCUCUUUUGCAUUUCUGAACAUUUUAUACUGCAAUGAAAUGCUUAUUUUUCCUACAUGGAUAUGUAAAAAAUGAACGCUAUACUUGCAUGCACAAUUCGCUCAUACACCAUGAGUUGUAGACUAGUCAGUGGUUAGCCGAAACAGUGGACACUUCCCUUUUCAGUUUUUGCCAGUUUUCGCUCCUGUCCCCUGUAUUACAAUGGAUUAUGGCUAAAUCUGUAUGGCGAAGGAUUAAGGCUAAAGACGGAGAAUCUACGAAAUAACAUAUGUCUUAUCUGUUUGUUCCAAAGCAAUUUUUUACACUUUUACGCACAGUUUUAAUCUUGUCGCAAUUUCUCCAUUCAUUGCACAUGAGGGAUAAGGAUUUAGUAAACCAUUUAAAAAUACACAUUGUAGACAUACAUUAUUGUUUUAAAUGUUUAAAGAUAAGUGUGAAUUCUUUAUUUAGGAUGGUUUGGAUUGUAACAACUAUGUAACAACCUGCCCUAUAUGGGACAAACAUGUAUUUUCUUUAACGAGGUUUCUAUCAAUAUUACUACAAUUUCUAAGGAUUGAAUUGGCUUUCAUGGGCAGACAUCUAUACCGGUAAUAUUCUUACAACCUGAUCAAAUCGCUGGAUUGUGGCGUGAGACUAGACCGUUGUAUUCUAGUUUUACAGAACCUAUUGAAUUAAUAAUGAGUUUGAUGCACCUGUUAGUGACGUGGCUCGCUCUUGUGCAUUGCUUGCUCUUGGUGCCAGAAAACAAUUGUCCAUACAUUUUUCAUAAAUUGCCCACCAACGAACAAUAGGAAUGCGAUUCCUUAGAUGGAUGAAACACGAAGUGUUUCGACUUGAAUAAAUAAUUAAGCCAAGUGAUAACAUUUCAAGCCAUAUUUAAGUUGCCAGUGACGCAAUCUCACUGGAUAAGCGUUUGUUGAUAGUUUAAUAAUAAGUUGCAAUGAAAAGUUAUUUGUUUGCUGAAAGAUGGCCAUUUUGCAUUAAUGUAUUGUGUUGUCUUGAUGAAGGCCAUGCUUAAAAGUUGGCCAUGCGGGUAUGUUUGAGUGGAUUAUUCCUAAAAGUUCAAUGGCCUGAAAAAUGCAAAUUGUCACAUUAUGUCUAUUGAUGUUCAGUUAAUUAUAUGAGUUGGAGCUAAUCCUGAACUUGAAGAAGACAUUGGCUUACUAUUAGCUAUAAACUGUAGGUUGGAAUGAUUGGGUGUCUGAGGGAUAUUGUCAAAUGUCAUGCGUAAAUUAGUCAUGAUAAAAUUAUACAAAUUUGGCCAAAUGGAAGGCCGGGUUCACCAUUCCAACACCGAAACAAUUUCUAGUAGACUAAUUAUGUGUCAAUGUGAUGAUGUGCACGGUAUCAUCAGCAUACUUAAAUUGUGAAUAAACUCAUGUUAACACACAACGUGUAACAAUUAGGUCUGUGACUCAAGUUACAUCUGAUGACAUCAACACACAUUUCACCUCAUCCACUCAAGUGAGCACUUUCAGCGUAAUUUCAUGCGUUAUAGUGGGAAAGGCUUGGAUGGUGUUUUGACAAUUCGAAUGCGGGAAUAUUGGCAACAUAUUCAAUGUCCGAACCUUCGAUCAAAUUUUGCUGUGGUCACGUUUACAUGAAUGAAACCCUCCUUGCUCUCUCUGCGAAGUGGGCCUGCUUCUACGUGAUUUGGAAACCUCAAAAAGCAGCCUUUGGGCCAGUGUUGAUUGGGCGGCUGAGCAUGGACGGGGGGAUUGACUGCAUCGCUACAGAAGGCUUGUUUUUCUUCGCUUUUUAUAAUCACUAGUGAUUAUUUAAUGGGAAACAAUGGACAAGUGUUUUAAAGAGAGAGGGACCCAUGCGCCUGUUGAACCCACUGGGCACAGACGUCAAUUCAACGUCUAUUCCACGUUGGUUCAACGUAAUUUCAUUGAAAUGAUGUGGAAACAACGUGGAUUCAACCAGUGUGUGCCCAGUGGGUAAUCUCAAACAGGAGGAUAGGAUAGCCCAUGCAUGGUCGCAGGAACGAGAGAAGAGAUACAUACUGUGUAUGUUGAAUCAGUAAGGGAAACAGGGAGAGAUAGAGAGGGAAAGGCUUAUAGAGAGAGAGAGAGAGAGAGAGAGAGAGAGAGAGAGAGAGAGAGAGAGAGAGAGAGAGAGAGAGAGAGAGAGAGAGAGAGAGAGAGAGAGAGAGUUUUCCGGUAUCCACUGUCGUUUAUAGAUGGUCUGGAGGUCUUGGAUCAGCUGGUUACCAUGCAAAGUAAGUGUUUUUAUUCGUGGAAUGCGCAGUUUAGAGGAGUGAUAGUAGAAGGAUGCUUUUUUUACAGGCCUAUGUCUUCUUCAUUAAUUCCGCAGAUCAAACGUCAUGGUUCCGCCAUUAUAACUCAUUCAGCCAAUAGUCAAUAGGUGUUGGCAGUCGUCUUUGUAAUAUUUUAUGGUAUAGCUUUAUAAAUUGGAUUUUCGCUGUGUUCUUUUGUAUUGCAUCUGGCUGAAGUAGAGUAGGCCAACCUGGAUAGAGACAAUGGAGGAUCUCCGUGAACUUUCCAGGGAGUUGGUUAGAGACAUUUUAAACUUAGCAGAGGAUGUAGAAGCAGGACCUGCUGACAUUAUCCGGAAUUGAUUUGUCUUGGCUUGAUGCAGAGGGUAACCAAUCAGGCGUUAGGUUCCGCCUACCAACUUUUGAUGGGUCAGUUUGACAGUUUUAAGUAAUUCAGGAAGCACUCCAACGCAGGACCAUGAAAUGUAAAUGUAAAUAGUGAAAUUAUUAUAUAUGUAUUUUACAUAAAAUGAAUCGGUAUUUGAAUUAAUUAAUGACACAUUUAAUAACACAUUUAUGUAUUUAAUUCUAAUUUUAAUUAAUUAAUGACACAUUUAAGUAAUUAUUUAAUGGUGUAUUUAUUUAUUUAAUUGUGGCACUUUUAGUCCUCCAUAUCUGGCACCCACACUUGUAAAAUGGUAACGGAUGUUGCCAGGUUUCGAUAAUCAUGGGAGGAACAAAAAAACAUACUUUGGCGUUUACUGCAAUUGAUGGGUUGUGAAAUAUAUGAUGAUGGUGAUGAUAACGACGACAAUGAUGAUGACGAAGAUGAUGAUGAUGAUGAUGAUGGUGGUGGUGACAAAAACGAAUGAAUGGCUGUAAUUUAUAGGCAGCAGUGUAUUUACAUCUGAUACUAUUGAAAUCAUUCUGUCCCUACAUUUAUAGAUCAAUAAUGAGUCCACAACACCUUACUCAACUUAAAGGAAAACUCCACACAAAACGAUCUGUUGUUAUUUGAGUUAACGUGAGUUUUCAUGGAAAAACACACACGUUUAUUUUUGUAAUGAAAGGCGCCAUUACUUGGGCAUUGGAGGAUGGUCUUGCAUUUUUUUGGUCUGUAGACUAUUUAUUUUCUUAUGAGGUAGCAUAUAUUUGGGAUUAAUUACGCACGUAAUAAGAAGUCAUAAAAUGUACGAGUAAUCCGACUCAUUAAUAGUUUAAUUACAACCACUAACUCGCAAAGGAUGCUGAAUAAUCAAAUGAAAAUAAUUCAAUAAUUUGUUUAAUAAGCAUUGCACUGCAAAUUAUAUUUCCAUAUAUAUUUCUUUAUAGAUAUAUUUUUUGUGCACACAAAAAUAGCAAAAAGCAAUUUCUUAAGAGGCCUAUGUCACUUACACUUUUCGAUGGCUCUAACUGAAGAUCUAUAAAUAUUUGAACACAGCUUGGAAUCGAAUAUUAGGCCUAUUCGCAUAAAAUAUUGGGGUGCAUUUUUAUUGUUAUUUGUUUCAUUAGUCCAUUGUUGAUAUAGUCCCAAAAUGUUUUGAUUGUCAGAAAUCAAGUUUUCAAGGUAUAUAACUUUCAAAAUACAGAAAUGCAGCCAGUAUGAUGCGUUUUACAUCAUACUAUGCUGCGUUUUGCAUCAUAUGAUGCUAAAUGCGUUAUACAGGCUGUAUUUCUGUAUUUUGAAAGUUCUAUAUCUUGAAAACUUGAUUGCUGACAAGCAAAACAUUUGGGGACUAUAUCAACAAUGGACAAAUGAAACAAAUAUCAAAUAUCGUUUUUGUGUUGAAUUUUCCUUUAAAUCCACUCUUCGAAAUCUGCCUUUUUGUGAUGGUUCUCACUUAGCCCAUGUGACAUCGGCAAUGCAACAAUGCUUUUCAUUCAACCAGAUUUGUUUAUUAGGCCUACAACUUCUUUAUUAAAUUAUAGCAAUUCUCAACUACAUGGCAAUCAAUAUACAUCGAUGAAAAUAAAAAUAUGCAAUAUUCUAGAUACUAGCUCAGUGACAAAAUUGUCUCAUAUUUGCCCUGAAAUAGACUGCCUUGGGGUUUUUCCAUUCAUUUAUAUUUACUCAUCACUUUCGCUGCGAAUUUCUUUAUGUGAGCUUUCAGUAGUAUCAACAACAAAAAAAUUAUAUCAAUGUGUGAUUCAAGUAUAAAUGAUAGUCCUAUUUAUAAUAUGCAGAAUAUUAAGUAUGAUUUAUCACCAUUUUUAGAUGAUUUGUAUCGAAUUAGUGUCCUUAUUUAGAUUUUAUCCCAAAUAAGCCUAUUCUAAAUGUACAUUUACAUUUUAGUCAUUUAGCAGACGCUCUUAUCCAGAGCGACUUACAGUUAGUGAGUGCAUUCCCGUGGGAAACGAACCCACAACCCUGGCGUUGCAAGCGCCAUGCUCUACCAACUGAGCUACAGGGGAUUUGUUAAUCAAAUGCAUUAACAAAUGUCUACAUUUGACAAUUGUAUAAAUUGCUAUUUUUGUGCCGUAAAACAAUUUGACCACAGUAUAAUUUGUCUCGGUGCCACAUGAUUUCUUAAGCAGUGUUUAAAUUCAAGAUGGCUUCAUGGUUAUCCUGUCUUCACUAGAAAUUCCUGUAUGCGCUGGCUGUAAUCAACACAUCGUGGACCGCUUCAUCCUCAAAGUGCUGGACUGCCAUUGGCACAGCAAGUGCCUGAAAUGCAGCGACUGCCAAUCCCAACUUGCGGACAAGUGCUUCAGCCGUGGAGAUAGCGUUUACUGCAAAGAAGACUUUUUUAAGUGAGUGCAAGAAAUAGGCCGUCCCAUGAAAUACAUAUUCUUUAAUGAACGACAAAUUAUUGAAAAUAUUGCAGGUGUGUAGGUAGCCUAAUAGUUCAUUGAAAACAAGCCUAACUAUUUGAUAGAAUCACAGGUUGUGAAAGUGAUUAAACUCUUGUCAAUUUAUUGAUGAUAACCUUCUCAUUUCCAAAAAGGAGAUUUGGGACCAAAUGCGCCGCGUGUCAGCAAGGUAUUCCUCCGACGCAGGUGGUGAGAAGGGCACAGGAUUUCGUGUACCACCUCCACUGCUUCGCGUGCAUCGUGUGCAAGAGGCAGCUCGCGACAGGUGACGAGUACUACCUGAUGGAGGACAGCAGGCUCGUGUGCAAGGCUGACUACGAGACCGCCAAACAGAGAGGUGAGAGGUCACGGUAUACCUGAACACACCUGUAUCACACCUAUUUAGGGUCCCCAAGAUCAGAGUUCCUAGACUCUAACGCCUAAUUACGCAUGUAUCCACAGUCCUUGUUAUUUCAGCCAUAUCCAAGAAUGUGGAUAUCCUACAAUGCCCACAUCUUCAUUUCAUUCUGUCUGCUAAACAUAGAAAAUGAGUAUGCCUAUUAUAUGCUAUCAAUCACCGCAUCACCCAAUAAGUUAUGUAUUGUUUGGAGCUGUGAACUUGAUCUCCAAGACUAUGAGGUCACCCAUAAACACUUGACCCACCUGCGCUAAUUGCGUCGUAGCCCGCAUCCCAAUAGAUAGCAAUAGCCUAUGUAUAGAUAGGCCUAAAGCCUGUCCAAUUGCAGUGAAGAGAGAAAACGUAGUUGAUUUUGUUUUAUUUUAUUAGCAGACUGACCGUGACUAAGAAUAUUAAAUUCAGCCUCAUCUGCACAACAGAUUAUUCAGAAGUUUUGUUUCAAGGUUGUUUAAAGCGCUGGUUACCAUGUUUUGCUAAAGUAACUCAUAGGCUACCCUAAUGCCUCGGGUUUUGAGUAAAAUGUAUCACUUUUGUAUGUAAAUGCAUAUUUAUUGCAUGAAAAAUGAAUUACAACUGACCUCUCACAGAAUCUCUGUUUUAACACAAUGAAAUCCACGCAGGGUAUUUUCUUUGUGAAUAGUUAAUGCGUUACUCAAGUGUUAUCUUCCCCAUCUGUUUGUGGGAAUUUACUGCCUGCACAUACUGCUGAUUUACACAUUGAGUUAACGUGAGUUCUCAUGGAAAAACACACACGUUUAUUUUGUUAAUGAAAGGGCGCCAUUACUUGGGCAUAGGAGGAUGGUCUUGCAUUUUUUUGGUCUGUAGACUAUUUGUUUGCUUAUGAGGUAGCAUAUAUUUGGGAUUAGCUACGCACGUAAUAACAAGUCAUAAAAUGUACGAGUAAUUCGACUCAUUAAUAGUUUAAUUACAACCUCUAACUCGCAAAGAAUGCUGAAUAAUCCAAUGAAUAUAAUUCAAUAAUUUGUUUAAUAAGCAUUGCACUGCAAAUUAUAUUUCCAGAUAUAAAUUUCUUUAUAGAUAUAUUUUUUUGUGCACAGAAAAAUAGCAAAAAGCAAUUUCUUAAGAGGCCUAUGUCACUUACAUAUUUCGAUGGCUCUAACUGAAGAUCUAUAAAUAUUUGGACACAGCUUGGAAUCGAAUAUUAGGCCUAUUAGCAUAAAGUAUUGGGGUGCAUUUUUGUUUAUGGUAUGGCUUACAUUGUGUGUCUUGUAUUUUAUUUUCAGAGGCUGACUCAACAGCGAAAAGGCCACGAACGACCAUCACCGCAAAACAGCUCGAGACCCUGAAAAACGCUUACAACAACUCUCCCAAACCGGCCCGCCACGUACGAGAACAGCUAUCGUCAGAAACUGGCCUAGAUAUGCGGGUUGUUCAGGUAACUAUCCAUCCCCCUCCAUUAUAGACCAUUUCAUUAGCGUCCUUAUUUUAUUAUUAUCUAAGGACAUGCAUGGGAUUCCUUUUGAAAUAGCGCUUGAAAUGGCCUCUCAGGUACAGAAGAGUUGGGGUUUGAUGGUUAGAAUUUACGGUGAGAUGGAGUAAAGUGAAGUCCACACACUUGAAAGUCAGAAUGGUAAGAGUGAGCUCGUUAACAAUGCUAAGAGAGCCUCGCAUAUUGUCUGUGAAAGAGCCCUACUGUGGAUGACUAUGGUCAAUUAGUCAUACUGUAUAUAUCGUUAUAUUGGCAAGGACACUAAAAGUAGGUAGGCUACGGAAGCCACUAUCGCACUUCAUUUUUCACCGAAGGGGAAAUGGGGGUGAAGAGGGUUCACUUUGGCUGCAUAUCAUUAAUGAAUAUAUGCCUAAAUAUGGGGAAGAAAGGAGAACAUUUUUACCUGUUUUAAUUAAAUUACGCUUUGCAUGAUGUAGAUUUAAACAAAAUAUGUGCUUACAUUGAAUGGUUUGUCAAUCAAAAUAGUCUCUUAAAAAUAAAAUAAAAAUGUUUCCAAUUUUAUCACACAAAUUUACAGCUACAAUUUAGAACGUGGAAUAGUGAGAUUUAAAUAAUUAAAAUCAACUCCAGGUAUUAGAUCCCAGUGAGAGGGUAACAUGCAUGGUAACCUGUUUGCUCCCAGGGUUAAGGACAACUUAUAGCUGUCAUUAAGUUAAUUAAGCGGGUGAUAAAUCUUGUACAGGGCAUGGUGGUCCCAACAUUAGUGUUCUGUCCCACUGUUUCAAUAUCCCACUUGGGUUAAAGAAGACAUGGCCCAGUCUCCAGACAGUCCUUGAAAAUUAAUUUUGUUUUAAUGUUAAUGUACCUGACCACUUAAAAAUAUAGCAGGUACACUGAAGAAAAAGUCAAGAAAAAUGAUGUCUGGAAUGGUCUAGUAAGUGGUUAGGAAUGGCGUUUUGCAUGUCUUACAAUAGGCUAUGAAUGAAACAUUCAGUUCAAAAGAUAAAACAUUUGAUAAUGUUAUAACACUGACUACUUGUAUAUACUCCUCUGCAAAUGUAACAGUACAUUAUAGAUUUCUAAUUUUAAGAAAUCAAUUUCCCUUUACUCAUAAUUCUAUGGUAGGAAAAAGGCUUCUACAUAGAAAAAUAAGAUAUUUAUUGGAGGAGCUGCCUUCAACAGGAAGUUCCCAACUUCCCAAUUGUAUACCUAAAAUAAAUAGAACAAAACAGAUAUGUACCUAACCAAACACCACAUCUGUCCUCCAGGUCUGGUUUCAGAACAGGCGAGCAAAAGAGAAGAGGCUGAAGAAGGAUGCAGGCAGACAGAGGUGGGGACAGUACUUCCGCAACAUGAAGAGGUCGCGAGGUAGUUCCAAAUCAGACAAGGACAGCAUCCAGGAGGAGGGCAUGGACAGCGACGCUGAGGUCUCCUUUACAGGUAGGAUGGGAAAACAAACAGACAGGCAUAUCUGAGAUGAUGUAUUCACAAGAAUCUAAUUAAAGGGAAUGGGAUACAGAGGGUGCCUUUAAGUUCCUGUUUGAGGAAUUAUGAGAGAUUAUAAAAAAUGAGUUAUCACAAUUAUAAAACAAACUCUUUUUGCUAUGAUUUAUUAGCCCCUAAAGUGCAUGGCGGAAAUGGACAUAGCAAAUUUGUAAACCACACAUUUUGGUUUAUACCCACUCAAAUUUGAAUGAAACCCAAAUAAUUCCAAUGAGAGAAAAUCAUAUAAAUCUAAUUUAUAUAUGUAUGACCAGAAUCAAACUAAUAAUAUCAGCAGUAAAUUCCAUUAUGCUUCCAUAAUGCCACACCCUGACCAAGUGUCCUCCCUUGUGUUCCAGACGAGCCACCCAUGUCAGAGCUCAGUCACUCCAAUGGCAUCUACAGUGGCCUGAGCGAGUCGUCUCCAGCCAUGGGGGGCAGCCACGGCCCCUUCCCCCUGGAGCAUGGAGUCCUCCCCUCCCAGGACCAGUACCGUGACAUCCGCUCCAGCAGCCCCUACGGCCUACCCCAGUCCCCAGGUUCGCUUCAGGCCCUGCCCAGGCACCAGCCCCUCAUCUCCAGCCUGGUCUACCCUGACUCCGGCCUGUCCAUCAUGACCCAAGGCGGGGCCCCGGGGCUGAACCCAGACAUGAGAGGAGUGUUGGGGGGCACUAACGGCCCAAGCUCGGAUCUGUCUACUGGCAGCAGUGGGGGCUACCCAGACUUCCCAGCGAGUCCAGCUUCCUGGUUGGAUGAAGUGGACCACAGCCAGUUUUGAUGAGCUGGGUUGAUUGGUCAACGUGGUCUAAGGACUCAAAGGUGUUUUUUCAGUGUCUUCUCCUGGCGGGUGUCACAAACUGGAAAGAGACAGUCACACAAGACCUGUGAAACAGAGAGACGGGGUCAGACGGUUGCUGUCUUUCACCCUCCUUGGAUCACUCUAUCUAUCUCUCUCUAUCAAUUAACUGUCAAUUAAUAUUUUUCAUUUCUCCUGAUCUGAGUGGACUGAAAGGAAGGAUUGGGCCAUCAAAAAAUAUGAAUAGUAGCACUUGGAACUAACACACCAUUCCUUAAAGAGAGCCAGACUUAGAAAAAUGGAGUGCUGGCCUGUUCUGAAUGAUCAUUUAGCUACUGACGGAGUGUUGAUCUGUUGCUCCAAUAGUGUUAAGAGUAGGGUCUGAAAGGAAGGCACCUCACUUCUACAAUCUGAACUUUUAACAGUCAGACAGACAGACUACUCCAUCUCUCAGUCUGAAGUAUUCACAGCACUCAUCAAACAGCCCUCCACCAUUGAACUACGUGUACAGCGACUUUGGACGAUCAUGCUUUUGAUCCCUAUGAUGUCAUCAAUAUUACACCAGAGGAAGCUCACAGAUACACACAAUUUCCAGCAGUGAUAUCGUUGAGACAACUUAGCAAAUUCAGACUUUUGCCCAAUUGGAUUUUGAGAGACUCUACUCCCAAUCCUUUCCACCUUAUUCUUCUCUGUUUUUUAAAAAUGUGUACCGAUGCAGGUUUUGGUUCAAGUCAGAGUCUUUACGUGUCUGGUUGUUGCCAAAUGUCUAUGUAUAUUAUGGUUUAUCAUUGUGGAGACUUUAUUUUUAUACAACCCCUUUCGACAACAUGAAUACCACAGAUAUUAGGACUUUGUACAUUGACGGCCAGGGAUCUAGACAAGUUGUAGAUGUCGCCUCCCACCGAUAACUAGAGGUCCAGUUACUUCUAUGCAUUUGUGUGUUCUCAGAUGUAUCUUGUUCUAUUGAAACUACCUGGGCAUGCUGAAACCCAGGCUGGUGUCCGUGUUUGUUUAUGUGGAAGAUGUUUUAUGUCUUAUUUAUUCUCUCUGAUGAUGAUUAAGUGAU